AUGGAGGAAAUACAUCGCUUAUCUGACUGGAAAUAUUUGGAUAAAAAACAAAUUGGUAUAACUUGUGUAGCUUUUAGUGGUGGACAACCUAAAGGUGGUGUUGAUUUAGGACCAGAAUAUGUCUUAAAAGCUGGUUUAAUCGAACAACUCAAUGAAAUGAAUUUUAAAACGGUAUUAACAGAUAAUAAAAUUCAUGAUUAUAAGGAAUUUUUUCCUAAAUCUGAUGAACCAAUCGGUAUUAUCAAACGACCACGAACAGUGGGUAUAGUAAAUAAAAUUCUUGCAGAUCAAGUUUAUCAGCAUGCAAAACUUGGACGAUUGGCAUUACAAAUUGGAGGAGAUCAUUCUAUGGCUAUAGGAACAAUCAGCGGUAUGGCACGAGCAGUUAAAGAACGUCUUAAUCAAGAUCUUAAAGUUAUUUGGAUUGAUGCUCAUGCUGAUAUUAAUACACCGCAAACAACAGAAACUGGAAAUUUACAUGGCAUGCCAGUAUCCUAUCUGAUUGGUCUUACAGACGAAAAAAUUGAAGGAUUAGAUUGGAUUGUACCUUGUUUAAAACCGGAAAAUCUCGUUUAUAUUGGUUUAAGAGAUGUUGACAAAGAUGAAAAACAAAUUCUUAAGAAGUACAAAAUUCAAGCUUUUUCUAUGCAUGAUAUUGAUCGUUAUGGAAUUGGUAAAAUAUUAGAUAUGACUAUUGAACAUUUAUCCAAAGGUCCAUAUCCUAAUUCACCUAUUCAUCUUUCAUUUGAUAUUGAUGCACUUGAUCCAACUGUCGCUGGGAGUACAGGUACUCCUGUACGAGGUGGAUUAACAUUUCGUGAAGGACAUUACAUUUGUGAAGCUCUUCAUGAUACUGGACGAUUGGUAGGAUUAGAUAUGGUUGAAUUAAAUCCUGCAAUAGGUGAUUGUCAUGAAGAUACAAUUACUAUUGGCUGCAGUCUUAUUCGAGCAACAUUUGGUGAAAGUCUUUUAUAA